AUGUAUUUAAAACGGAAACUGGGCCAAGUAAAGCCUGUCAACGUUAUAAUGCAUUUACUAAACUAUUUACUACUACAUGGACCAUUACAUGGCCAUUUACGCCAUUGAAUCGCAUAUUAAAAUAUUCCGUGCACUCUAUAAAUAAUAGAAACUGCUGUACUAUCGCAUAUUUAGUGCCCUUAUAGAGAGGGAGUUGUGCUGUUUGAGACACAGCCAUGGUGAGUGUCGCCCCGGCAAAGCUGCACUGUAAGCCGCCAUCUUGAAUUCACUGUCAACAAGCUGAGCACGAGUGAAGCAAUCUGAUCACCUAGACACGGUUGUCAUUGUCAGUUUUUUUUUUUUAUCAAACCAGCUUAUCUGUUCAUAUAUCACCUUAAAAAAGGAAUAAAACGCAGCUCAUAAAUUUUGAAUAAACUAGAAAAUGUAGUGUACUUCCGGCCGCCUCGCGACGUGUUAUGGACAGUUUACAUAUUGAAAAAUGUUGCGUUUAAUUACAAGCGCACAAUAAUGAGGCCUUGUGUGAGUAUGGUCAGACGUGCAGUCUGGAACUGCAGACUCAAGGUUGGACAUGGAGCAUUUUACACAACUCCAACAGUCCCAAUGCGAACACGGUGCACGGAAAUCAGGAGCAAAUGGACCAAACCAUCUGGUUAUGACACUGGCAUCAAAACUUUCAACAGCCUCACCAAACAGAAGGAGCCUCUGAUUGUGGCACAAGAGGGAAGAGCAACCUGGUACAGUUGUGGCCCCACAGUUUAUGAUCAUGCCCAUCUUGGUCAUGCAUGCUCUUACGUCAGAUUCGACAUCCUGCAGAGGAUUUUAACCAGGAUAUUCGGAAUAAACGUAACUCAUGUCAUGGUCAUCACAGACGUCGAUGAUAAGAUCAUACAAAGAAGCCUUGAGGAGAGAAUCUCACCGCUUGUACUUGCCAGAAUGUAUGAAGAGGAGUUUAAAAGAGACAUGCUGGCCCUGAAGGUUCUCCCGCCAUCUGUGUAUAUGAGAGUCACAGAUAACAUUCCUCAGAUUGUAGCUUUCAUUGAGGGCAUAAUCAGAAAUGGUCAUGCUUAUGCCACGAGCCAAGGGGAUGUCUACUUUGAUACUCAAUCAAUCGGCAACCGUUACGGCAAGCUUGCGAACAUUGGGAAUUUUGCUGGGGAAUCAGAGAGCAAAGAUAAAAGGAACCCUCGAGACUUUGCCCUGUGGAAAGCCUGGAAGCCACUUGAACCUUUCUGGGAGUCUCCAUGGGGAAGAGGAAGACCUGGCUGGCACAUUGAGUGCUCCACUAUUGCAAGCUCUGUGUUUGGAAGUCAGUUGGACAUCCAUUCGGGAGGGGUCGACCUGGCCUUUCCUCACCAUGAGAAUGAAAUUGCUCAGUGUGAGGCCUACCACAAGUGUGACCAGUGGGGGAACUACUUCCUGCAUUCAGGCCACCUCCAUUUGAAAGGCAGUGCUGAAAAGAUGUCCAAGUCCUUGAAGAAUUAUAUUACAAUAAAGGAGUUUUUACAGUCAUAUACUGCCAAUGAAUUUAGGCUGUUUUGUCUCUUAACCAAGUACAGAUCAGCAAUUGAUUACAGUGAUGCCAGUUUGAUUGAGGCUCGCUCUACGCUCUCAUCCAUCUCUGACUUCAUCCAUAAUGCCCAGGCCUACAUGCAGGGUCACAUACAGUGCCAAGACAUACAUGAAAGCUUUUUAUGGGAGAGGUUAUCACUCACACAGGCCACUGUGCGAAAUGUACUUGCAGAUGACUUUGAUACACCAAAUGCAAUGGAGGCCAUCAUGAACCUCAUUUACCAUGGAAACUGUCAGCUUCAGCCUGUUUCCAAGGUUAAUGAAGGAUCUAGGUGCCCAGCAGUGUUUGGAGCAAUUCUGUCUUACAUCAGGGAUAUUAUGGAUGUUCUUGGAGUUGAUCUGCUGCAUGAAAAGGAGUCAUCCAGCGCUGAAUCAUCCAAUAUUUUACACAAUGUAGUGGAGCAGUUGGUGCAUUUUCGCAGUGAAGUUCGAAACUUUGCUCUCUCUGUGGAGGAUGGAGCGACUCAGGAACAUCACACCAGCCAAGUGCUUCAGAGAAAGAGACCACAGCAAGACAGAUUGCCCUUGCUGAAGGCUUGUGAUGCUCUUCGCAAUGAUCUAAUGCCUUUGGGAGUUCAAAUUAAGGACAGAGGCACCAAAUUCACCUGGGAAAUCAACCAACAGAAGGACAAAGGAAAUAAAGAAAGCUAGACUUUAACUCAGUCUAUUUUGGGAAACUGGAUCAGCUUUUCUGUUAACUUAUCUAAAUGUUAUUUUUAUUUUGAAAACGUAAAAAAACAAAUGGAAUAUGGUUAGCUUCUUUUGAUCCAGCCACUAACUCUUCAGUCAUCAUUUGGGAUAAUGUUAUAAUUUACCAAUAGUCCAUGCAGCACACUUACUUGAAUUGCAAAUAAUUAGAUGUGUAAAUAAAAGCUGUUAUGCACUGUA